AGCCCAUGAACACAAACACGAAAUCGAAUGCCCAGGCGAAUCAGCAGAAUUGAAAGUCAAAGCAAGAAAGAGAAAUCUUCCUGAAGUAUUUUUUAUAGUUUCACUAGCUUGCUAUAUUGGUCUUUUAAACCUUUUUCACAAAAUGCCAAGAGGAAGAGGGAAAAACUACAAGGGAAGAACGAGGCAUUUUACUUCUGCCGAGGAAAUCGAUCGGCAAAUGAAUGAUGACUAUCGGCGAAAAAGAGAAGAUGAAGAUGAUGAAUCAGAAGAGUCUGAAGAGGAGGAAACUGGAAAGGGUCCUCAGUCCUUGAUUGAGGUUGAAAAUCCUAAUCGCGUUCAAAAUAAAAUGAAGAAGGCUGGUGAUAUUGAAGCUGAAGCUGCCAAACCAGAACUUACCAGAAAGGAGAGAGAAGCAAUUGAAAAAGAACAAGCUAGGAAACGCUAUGAGAAGUUGCAUGCAGAAGGAAAAACUGAUGAAGCAAGAGCAGAUCUGGCAAGGUUGGCUAUAAUUAAAAAACAAAGGGAGGAAGCCGCUAAGAAAAAGGAGCAGGACCAAAAAGAAAAAGAAUCGAAAUUAAAAGCAGCAGAAGAAGCAAGAAAAGCAGCAAUGGAAGCGCAACUUAACGCUCCCAAGCCUGGUGGUCGUCGUAAGAAACGAUAAAAAGUGUUGCAACAAUGCUUUAUGGGCUUAACGGGAACCUGCUUAAUGGUAGAUUGCCAGACAGAGUUUCCCGAAACAAAGUUAUUCAUGAACAAGAAAAUAAUAAUGGAUACAAUAUAAUAGCUGAUGGUUUUAUUAUUGAUAGGGUUAAUAGAAUAAAUUUCAACAUUAUGAAA